AUGCAGGUUUCCAAUCCAAAUGACGUUAAAAUCUACAAUCUUAGUGCUGGAAAGUCACUUCCCGAGUGGCUGUCAGAACGAAAAAUGAGAAAAUUAAAGAAAGACAAUAUAGAAUUCCAGCGUAAAAUUGAACUGAUUCAAGAUUUUGACAUGCCAACAGUUUCACAUAGAGUCAAGGUUACCAAAGAUGGAAAUUAUAUUUGUACAGUGGGCACAUAUAAACCUAGAGUCAGAUGCUAUGAUGUACAUCAGUUAUCUAUAAAGUUUGAACGAGGGUUAGAUGCUAAUGUUACUCAGUUUAUUAUACUAUCAGAUGAUUACUCAAAGAUGGUGUUUCUACAUGAUGAUAGGUAUAUAGAAAUACAUGCUCAAGGUGGUAGAUAUUAUAGAACUAGAAUACCUAAAUUUGGUCGUGAUUUAGAUUUCCACUAUCCUACUUGUGAUUUAUAUAUGGUUGGUGUCAGUGAUGAAAUAUACAGAUUAAAUCUAGAACAAGGUCGUUUUCUAGCUCCAUUAAAAACAGGUGCAGAAGAAAUGUCUUGUUGUCAGUUUAAUCCAGCACAUUAUUUAUUUGCUUGUGGAUCAAAACAGGGUACAGUAGAAUGUUGGGAUCCAAGAACAAGAAUAAAGACUGGUGUUUUAGAUAUAUAUAAAACCUCUCCAAACACAGAAUUUGGGGCAUCUCCAGAAGUUACAGCCAUAAAGUUUCGUGAUGCAUUAACAAUGGCCGUUGGUACACAAACUGGUCAUAUAUUACUCUAUGAUUUGCGCUCACCUAAACCAUUAUUAGUUAAAGAUCACCAAUAUGAAUUACCUAUUAAAAAUAUUGAAUUUAAUCAUCAGUUAGAUUUAGUGUUUUCAAUGGAUACCAAAAUAUUAAAAAUAUGGGAAAGAAAUACGGGUAAACCAUAUACAGCUAUAGAACCUGGUUCAGGUUUAAAUGAUCUAUGUCUAUAUAAUGAUACAGGAUUAUUUUUUAUGGCUAAUGAGGCACCAAAAGUAUUAACUUAUUUCCUUCCGGCAUUAGGUCCAGCUCCUAGAUGGUGUUCAUUUCUAGAUAAUUUAACUGAAGAACUAGAAGAAAGUGAAAGUCUAGUAGUUUAUGAUGAUUAUAAAUUUGUAUCCAGACAAGAAUUAGAUGAAAUGGGAUUAACUCAUUUAAUUGGUUCUAACUUAGUUAAAGCAUACAUGCAUGGAUUUUUUAUGGAUCUACGAUUUUAUCAAAAGGCUAAAGCAUUAAAUCAACCAUUUGCCUAUGAAGAAUAUAAGAAGAAUAAAAUAAAAGAUAAGAUUGAAAGUGAAAGAAAAAGUCGAGUACAAAUUAAGAAAUUACCACAAGUUAAUCGAGAUUUAGCUGAGAAAUUUUUAUCUGAGGAUACUGAGAAGAUUAAAGAUAGGAAAGGAAAGGCUGUACCUAAUCUAUUAAAAGAUGACAGAUUCUCAGCUAUGUUUAAUAAUCCAGAUUUUCAAAUUGAUAAAAGUGCUCACGAAUAUCGUCUGGUGAAUCCUCUAAUAACUAAAUUAGACAAAUCACGACAGAAAAAAAUAGCUGAUCAAAAACAGAUAUCAGAACAGUUUAAUGAAGAAGUAGAAGGUAGACCUAGUGAAGAUGACAGUAGUAGUAGUUCAGAUGAUGAUCGUACAACUCGUAUUGAGAUGAAGAAACAAUAUAGAUUAUUAAAACAAGAGGAAAGAGACAAGAAAAAUGUUGAAGAAGUAGAAGAAAUUAUCUCUAAACCUAAAUUUUAUGAAUUGAAAGAUGAAUCUCAAGGAUUUAAAGUGAAAUUAUCUAAAGAAGAGAAGAGAAAGAGAAGAGAAAUGAAGAGAAGUUUAGCAGAAAGACUAGAACUAGAGAGUGGUAAAGAUAGUUCAUCUGUUAGUAAAUCAGUAGGCAACAUGGAGAUGACUUUUAAACUGAAAAAGAAUGAAAAACAAGAAUUUCAAGAAAAGGCACAGAAAUAUCAUAUGGAUGAAAGAAAAGAACUGGGAAGAUCAGCUAAAGAAAUUACGUCCAGUUUUAAAAAGAAACCUAAAUUCUGGAAUAAUGAAAGAGUGCAAUAA